UCUUCCAUUCAUUCCAGUUACCAUGUUGGUGUCAACAGUUUUGCUGUUCCUCUGUGUUUUUUUCAUCAUCCUUCAACUCAAAUCACGGAGGCCCAAGAACUUCCCACCUGGACCUCCAGCACUGCCUGUUCUGGGGAACCUUUUAACCCUGACUCAAGGUGACCUCUUGAAAGGAUUGGAGAGGCUGAGGAAGCCUUAUGGAGAUGUCUACAGUCUGUACUUCGGUACAAAACCAUCUGUUGUCAUCAAUGGGCUGAAGGCCAUGAAGGAGGCAAUGGUGAUCAAGGCCACAGAUUUUGCUGGACGACCCCAGGAUGUGCUGCUUUGUGACGUCUUCCAGAGAAAAGGAUUGAUCUUCGUAGAUUAUGGUUUGAGAUGGAUGGAAAAUCGUCGCUUUGCUCUGAUGACCUUGAGGAACUUCGGUCUUGGGAAAACAUCAAUGGAGGCAAGAAUUUAUGACGAGCUUCAAUACACAAUUGAAAUACUGGAAAAGAGCAUUGGUAAAACCAUGAGUCCUCAGGUUUUGUUUCAUAAUACGGCCUCUAACAUCAUCUGCCAGGUUCUGUUUGGUACACGCUAUGAGCAUGAAGACGAGACAAUCAAAGUGAUUGUUCGAUGCUUCGCAGAAAUUGCUAAAAUAUCCAGUGGACCGUGGGCUAUGCUGUACAACAGUGUUCCGAUGGUGCGUUCCCUGCCACUGCCCUUCAGAAAGGCCUUUGAGAAUGUUGAGACUUAUUUAGGUAUUGUUCACCAUAUUAUGACUGAACACAAAAAGACCAGAGAACCGGGCGAGCCACGAGAUUUUGUUGACUGCUAUCUGGAUGAACUGGAUAAGGCCUUGGCCCCUUCCCCUUGUGGGGAUGAUAUAAAUACGUUACGACUGUGGAGCACGCUUCAAGCAGUGGAACGUGGCAGAGAGACAAACAGAGGAAGCGUCACGAGAGGUGAUGAUUCUACCUUUUCAGAGGAGCAACUCUUGAGAAGUACGUUUGAUCUGUACCUAGCUGGGACUGACACCACGUCGAGCACUCUGCUCACUGCUUUUCUGUACCUGAUGAUCUACCCACACAUACAAGAACAAUGUCAGCAGGAGAUAGACCAGAUAGCGGAGGGGAAGGAUCGGGUCAGUUUUGAGGACAGACACAAGAUGCCGUACAUGCAGGCUGUGAUCCAUGAAUUGCAGAGGAUUGCCAACACUGUUCCUCUCAGUGUCGUUCACUGCACAACUAAAGACACAGAGCUCAUGGGAUAUUCUAUUCCCAAGGGUACAACGGUCAUUCCGAAUCUGAGCUCUGUGCUGAGGGAGGAAGGACAGUGGAAAUAUCCUGAGGAAUUUAACCCAGAAAACUUUCUUAAUGACAAGGGAGAGUUCUUCAAACCAGAAGCCUUCAUGCCCUUCUCUGCUGGUCCUCGAAUAUGUCUCGGAGAGGGUCUGGCUCGUAUGGAGCUCUUCUUCAUCAUCGUGACUCUGCUGAGGAGGUUUAAGUUCAUCUGGCCUGAAGAUGCAGGAGAACCAGACUUCACCCCAGUCUUUGGUGCCACUUUGACUCCCAAACCUUAUUACAUGAAGGUCCAACUGAGGUCAACGUAGCUUGGUGGUGUGU